GAAUGGCAAAUUUUUAAAAUUUUAUCAUAUUUAGUUAUUUUGUAUCUUCUUUGUUCUAGAAGUUUCUGGUCCAAUGAAGUACCUAUAUUGUUGUAAUGUAGACAUUUCAUUUAUAGAGCCACUUAACAAUCAAGUCAGUGUUUGCAAUUGUAAUUGAGACCUUUGUGGAAAGUCUGAUGAGUUUUUUUAGUUCCAUCUUCUGCCUGAAUGGUGCUAACCGUGUGGGAGUCUGCCACUCAAAUGUUGUUGAGAGUGAAGGGCGUGUGUGGGUUGAGGUGGGAAGCUGUGGCAGCGGCAGGCAGAAGGAAGGCCUCAAGCUGCGAGUGGCUCACCUGCACCCUGAGAAUCCUGUCAUAGCCCCUGCAUUACAGGCUUACAGGCUCAAGCAUGGCAGCCAGAGUGUGGACUUGUCUGAAGACAAGGUGUCAUUGGAAUCUGAAGAAGAUUUUUGGUUCAACCACUGGCAAGGUCCUGACAUCUGCCCUGAGCCCAGCAGCCAGGCCAUCAGUGCCGUGCAACGCGCAUCCUUCCGCUGCAACACCUGCAACAAGAAGGUUGCAUCUUCUGAGCCAGCGUCCUCGAUGGCGCUGGAAGAGCCUGCCGAGUCGCCAGUUCUAGCUCAUCUACCGUCCACACGACGACCGCGCCUCAAGAUCAACUCUGCCAGCAGCAACAUUAGUCCUCUUCGUGCUACACAACAGCCGCCCUUCAUGUUGGGGUCAACACUAGAGUCUGAUACUUCUUCAGACAACCAUCAACUCUCUGGCCGAUUGAGUAGCAGCGAAGAGCAUCUGUCUGCAGUGGAGCGCGUACUGCAGCACGAGAUGCGCACGGACAGCUCCCUCUUCCUGGCCGAUGACGAGCCGGACUGGGGAGACCGCACGGACGGUGGCGGGACAGCGGCCUCAGUCGCCGUCACCCAAGGUGCGGUCUUGCCCGAUGUCGGGUCUCCUUGGCGCAGUCGCUCCUGCCCAUGCAGCCCCAAGACCGCCGCCCGCACCUUGCAAAAGCAUCCAGAGUUGAAGGGCUCAAGCCAGCGUCAAUCUGUGCACUAUCACAGCAAUAAAUUCUCUCUGAGUGGUUCUCUACUGGCAAUGCACAGGCAGGCAUCCAGUUCCCUCAGAAGCAAUGCUUCUAAGAACAGCUCAUUACACAACAGCUUAGUGUUGCGCAAGCGACGCAGCUAUUGCUCAAUAGAUGAGGAGGAUGGCUCAAGUAUUCUAUCUGAGGAAGAAAUGAGCGAAGAAGCUUCGAAUCAUGGAAACAAUUUCAAGCAACCAAUUCAAGUGAGUCAUUCCCUGCCUGCACUGAAACUUUCCAGAAUAGCCAUGAGUCACCACAAUGAAGAACCUGUGGCGGAAGAAGAAAGUCCAUCCGUGCAGUGGCAUCUGGAGCUUUCUGAGGGCCCUUCAGACGCAAAUGCGCCUGAUGAAGAGGUUUGCAUUCCCUCCAUCGACCAUUUCUAUCUGCCAGAUCUUAUCCCGAAUGCUAGAGACUGCCGCAGCGUCAUGCUCAAUGAAACUCCUGAAAGGCUGUGUGCGACUCCAGUGGGCAUGAGAGACGGCUUCAUUAAUUUGGGAUUUGAUGGGCAAAGUGAAAGUUCUGAUGCACAUGACGAAGUCCAUCACUACAACGCGUUUCCUACUCCCAGCGACGACGGUCGCGAUGAGGAAGGCAAAGUACCUUCACCUAUUCAUGGCAUGUCGAUAGGCUAUCUAAAAUCCCCUGACCAACAUGCCCAAGGCUUUGAUGUUUCUGUUUUGACGAGUUUCCAAUCUACGUCUCCAGUAGAUGAUACCCCGUCCUCUAACGAUAUAAAUACUCUGUCUUCUACUACACUUUCAAACGAGCUUUCUGAUUCAAGAUCUUCCUGUGGCUCUUCAAUUAUGAUGCAGUCAAGCAUUACUUCUGCCGCAUCCACAGCACCCUGCUCGCCAUCUGCCCUCCGCAUCAGAGUCAUGGAUGGACCCACACUUUCUUCACUACAACAGCGCCCUUCCGCUGGUCUCCCACUGAACCUUGAGGGCCGCAGCGCUGCACAACUCAAGCCAAAGAAGACUUUGUUAGUUCAAGGCUCCAAGCUGGACACUUCAAUUACUCAAAAUGAAAUCCUGCCUACCAAUAACUCAUUAGCCCUACAAAAUGAAAGCCUGAAAUCGAACUCUCUUAUUGCCCCGCCUGAUGUUUUCAAGAUAAAUAAUUCAACUGGUGCCACAAAUGAACUCACGAGAAACACUCUGAAGCGAGCUGACUCCACAGCUCAUGCCGACUUGGAACAGCAACAGCAAAUACAACAAUUUCAGCAGCUGCUGAUGGGGACGCAGAAGCAGCUCAGUGCUGCUGAAUCCGGUAAGAAAGGCGCGUCUUGUAACACGUUCCCUCGCAGCGGCCAGUUCGUUCGUAAGGAAGGCUUUCAGCCGCCCCUUCCGCCCCCUCCACCCCAGGACAUCGAGGAAGAAGUUGGCGCUAACCUUACAGAAGCCCGGGCGCUGGUCUAUUGGUGGAAACAAGCGCAAGAGUUUGAAGCUGACAACGGAACAGACGGCGAAUAUUGCAGCCGGCGAGGCGAAUGUGCUGCCAAGCGACUGCCGCUCCUGAUGUUCAUACAUGGAGUCGGGGGAAGCUCUGAUGACUGGCACCACCAGCUGUGGUACUUCGUGUCAGCUGGCUACGAGGUGGUUGCCCCCGACCUGUUAGGACACGGCCUGAGCUCUGCUCCCGACAGCGCUGCCUGCUACCGCUUCCCGCGCCUCCUCGAGCAGCUCAGACUCCUCUACGACCUCUUCGUACCUAAGGGCCGCAAGUGUGUCCUUGUGGGACAUGGAUACGGAUGUGCACUGGCUGCUGCGCUGUUGCGCUACCGCCCCUCCAGCGCCCCCCUGCUGGUCCUUGCCUCCUGUGGGGGACCGGCGCCCCUCAUGCCCCCGCCUCCUGCCGUCUCCAAGAGCACAGAAGAUGCAUUGUACUCGCCCUACUUUAAUUUGUCCGGGCGCUCGUGGUGCCGCGACGUCUUAUCUGAGGAACUCAACCAGUGCUGCGAGGGACUGGCCAUGCUGCAGGACGGCGGCCUGUCCGCCUGCUGGCCUGCGUGCAGACUCGUCCUGUCUACAGCCUGCUGGCUCGCUUGCUGUGUGCCUUGUCUCUGUGCCAAGAGUGAGACGAGCCACCAGGGUCGUGGCAAGCAGUUGAGCGACGGUGCGCUGCGUCACGCUGGGGCCACGGCCACGCCUGCGUACGUGGUGCGCCAUAUGGUGCAGGGGCAGCGCUGGCUCGAGGGAGAUGUCACCUUCCACAGGCGCAUCACGGCACCCGUGCUACUGCUGCACGGUCUCAGGGACACCACCGUGCCACUCCUGCACAUGUGCGAGAUGGAGAAGACGAUCCCUCGUGCGUUCCUGGAGGUGCUUGGUUCGUGCGGCCACGACCUCAUGACGGACGCGCCUGACGCCGUCAACAGCGCCCUGCACCGCUUCCUGCUGCGCUGGCGUCGCCUCGCAUCGUGAUCCGUUUCGUCGCCAACUAACAUGACGAAGACAGACCUCCAGAACCUCGGUUGUUGAUGAGCGUCGACCGAAUAAGAUGUUCAUAGAGAACUAUUUGGCUUUCCAGAGAUUAUCAGGGUUAUAAUGAAAUAGCGUUGAAAAUCUGAUGUGUUUACAGUGAUAUUUUUCGACAGAUUAAUCAAUUUAUAAUCAUGCGUAAGAAGGCUACAGUUCCGAAGAGGUAAUUUAAUGGCAUACGUAAGGAUUUCCUUUUACCCCGGACAUUUUUAGCGACGCCACUUGUCAAUGCCAUUAUUUGGCAUCCCCUAUAAUUUCUACUUUUCCGCUUGUACUUCUUUCUUGAAAGCCCUCUUAUCUUCUAGUUCUGAUAAAAUGCGUCUCUAUGAUUCUCACUUAUUUACUACAACAUUCCGUCCAUAGUUUUAAGUUUUGUUGUUAGUAUAUUUAUUUUGAGCCGUUGGAGGAGGGGGCAUCUAUAGGAAAUUAAAAUUUCCUCCUUUCUUGACUCUGUUCGCCAGAUAUCUUCUUGCCAAAUUCUUGCCCAUCACUCAUCCUCGUAUAUGCGAUAGCUAUGUUCAUACGGCACUGAAUUAUAUUAAAUUCACGUGCAGCAAUAUUUGUGCAUACGAAUCUUUCGUCUUCCUGUUUCUUGUUACGCCAAAUUUCAGUAAUUAUUAUCACAUAGUUAUUAUUAUUAUUACAAUGCGUAGUUAUUAUUCAUUGAUUAUAAAUCAUUAGUUUUAACCAAUUCGCCGAAAGUGAAUACGCCGUUCUUAUUUAUGAUGGUUUUCUGAACUUGAUGAUUAAUGGUAUUGAUUGGUAUUGGUCUGUCUUUAAGGAACUAAGUUCAGCUCUCAGUGUUUACCGCCUCACGACUUCGUCUCAUUAUUUUAUUUUCACAUUCUCAUGGCACAUGCUUGCCUGUCUCCAAGCCUAAUCUUUAAUUUAACCUUAUAAAUUUCCUAUCUUUUCUACUUACUUCUGGUGGAAUGGCCAGCCUUGACUACCGUUGCAAGCUACUAAGGUUUUUUGGCCAAUAAUUUAUACAUAUAGCGCGGUAAUUUUACGCAGCGUUUCUAAAGAGUUACGUAUUACGAAUAAAUUCUUUGUCAACUUUCUACUUGAACGAAAAAAUUAUAUGCCGGCAGAGCCGGCGCGUUACUUGGCAUAGCCACUUCCGUACGUCUAAAGUAUUCCCGUACUUUUAAUUUUUAAAUAAUGUAUACAUUUAGUCUGGCCGUAGCUCAAAUUUGAAUGUUGUUCUACUCUCCCAUUAAAUACGAUGUAGACGAUCAUGUGUUGUGGUUUUCGAAACGCGUAUUGCGGAGCGUUCCGUUCCUCAUACACGCCGUGCUGGCAAUGCGGGAGAUCAGGUUUUAAUGUUAAGUUCAUUGUUAACUAGUGAUAAUUGUUUCUUUUGUUGAGGGUUGUAAGUAUUUUCAUAUAAACUGGCUCGUUCUAGCAGUAAAUUGAUGCACGAGGAUGCUAACGUUAACUCUAUGUGUUGGUGUUUUGAAUUCUACUGAAAAUGGUUUCAUCGGAAGUUCUCUGAAUAAUUAGCAACUUGGAGGUCAUGAAAAUAUCAAUAAGUUGGAAACACAAUCUCUUUCUUACAGUUCAUCGAUUUCAUAUAAUAUGCUAUGGUUCCUAUUUUGCCACCUUCAAAACGUAGAAUGCAAAUGGGAAUUGUGUUUGGUUGCAAAUUUGUGGCUGGUGGUAGUGCUACCUCCACUUGUUCAGGCAGUCUGAUCUCCAGGCUAUAUAAAAAGCAAGUCACACACUCCCUUGUAUUACCAGGCUGGGAUGGAGAAAUUUGCAGUUCCCUCCUUUAGGUUAAACUCGAGUUCGGCGCGCGUCGCUUGCUUAAAUUGCCUAUUUUUUGCGUAUUUCUCCAUAGAUUUGCAUUCCACUGGACUUCACAUUUUGAUUGAGGUUUCCACAUGAGAGGUAAAGGUUUUAUUGUUGAAAGAGCAUAGUAAAAAAAAAAUCCAAAUUAAAUUUGGUUCCACUAUUUUGAUUUCUACAGUUAUCAAGUGAAACAUGAAUGCCGUACUGAAUAUUUUUGCACUGAAUAUUGGGAAAUGUAGAUUCUCUUUCCUCCUAGCUCUAUUUAAUUAUACCCAUGCCAUUU